AUGCUGCCUGUAGUAGUGUACGUACUAUCCCAGACCGAUAUCAUUAAGUAUAUCCUAUCAAAACCAUACUUGAGAAAUCGGAUUGGGAAAUGGGCGAUCGCGACGUCCGAAUUCACAUUAGUGUAUGUUCCCCAAAGAGCAGUAAAAGGACAAGUGUUGGCAGAUUUCUUGGCCGAUCACCUUGGUAUUACCCUUACGGAGGAAAUAAUUAGUUGCUGCGACAUAGAUAUAUGGGAGAUGUGGUUCGAUGGAUCCAGGACUAGCCAGGGGCAGGCAGAAUACGAAGCCCUAAUAUUCGGCCUUGAGAUCCUGGCCGAACUGGGGGCAAAGGCGAUUAAUGUCAGAGGCGAUUCGUUGUUAGUCAUUAAACAAGUAACUGGAGAGUUCAAAUGUGAGUCCGAACUGCUGGUAAGGUAUUGCAAUAAGACAAAACAUCUCAUCGAAGGCUUUCAGGACACAAGGAUGGAAUACACAGAGAGAGCCGAUAAUGUUGCUGCGAAUGAUUUAGCCCAGCACGGUAGUGGGUUCAAAACGAACCUCCACUUAGACACAAUAGAAAGAGACAUGCCGAAUCUUCAUACUGGGGGCAUCACCGUCGACGAAAGGAGAUUUUCGGCCUACCAACUUCAUGUUAACCAAGAUUUGAGAAUUGAAGUCUUAAAUUGGUUUGAGAAGCCAGACCAUAUGAAUAGGAGGUUGAGAACCGUGGCACUAAACUAUGUAGUUUUAGCAGGCAAUAUGUAUAAGAAGGGCUUUCAAGGGCUACUUUUCAGAUGUAUCGGCCCCAAGGAAGCUAUGCUAGCAAUGGCCGAAGUGCACGAAGGAAUAGCCGGUGCUCACCAGGCGGGCCCUAGAAUGAGAUGGUUAAUCCAUAAAUAUGGCUUCUAUUGGCCGAAGAUGGAACAGGACUGCAUAAGAUACACCAAGGGGUGCGAAGCUUGUCAGAAAGCCAGUCCUAUACAACACGUCCCGGCCGAGGAACUACACUCCAUUAUCAAGCCAUGGCCAUUUAGAGGAUGGGCGGUCGACCUUAUAGGGAAGAUAUAUCCCGCUCGUCAGAUGGCCAUACUUUCGUUAUCAUCGCCACUUGCUAUUUCACUAAAUGGACACGGAUUACCCGAAUUAAUAACCACUGAUCAGGGGACGAUGUUCACGGGAGGCGACAUAGUUUGGUGGGCUUCUCAGAUGAAGAUAAAAAUGGUACACUCGACGCCGUAUUAUGCGCAAGCCAACGGGCAGGCCGAGGCAACGAACAAAGCCAUUAAGCUUAUAGUUCAAAAAAUGGUUGAAGAAAACCCAAGACAAUGGCAUGUCUUGUUGUCAGAGGAAGUUUGGGCGAACAGAACAUGCUAG